GCUUGCGGGAACACUCCGUGCCAGCAGAGGAGAAAGUUUCUACUCCAGUGAACGCUGACUCUAUAUCGCACCCAACCCAGCUCCACUGCUUCCAAAGCCGUCCCUCCCUUCAGUGAUGUCUACUGAAUAUGUGCAGACAUCACGCGAGAUCUCCGAAGACAGACUGGAUGGGCGAGACAGUCGCUGCAACCACUUAAGUCAGCCUUACGGAGAUGAUCUUUCUGAACAGUUACUUAAAAGCUGUGAUCUCAAGAAGAUACCAAGAAAGGGGAAAGUUCUACAAGUCUCUCAGAAAACUGAUCUAGAGCAGAAAAAACCAAAAAGAAAAGAUACACCUGCAAUCCAUACCCCACCACCUAUACCAGGCAUCCUCACAGAUCACUUAAUUAGAAGGUAUGACACCUCUGAGAAACUACCAAGAAGUCAUACAAGUCCAACAUUUCAAAAACCUGAUCAAGAACAGAAAAAACCCAGAAGAAAAAAUACACCUGCAAUAAAUGCGCCACCUCGACUUGCUGGUGUUAGACUGCUUAAAGACGAUGAACAGGCAGCCAUUGCUGAAGAUGAAGAAAAGGAUGCAGAAACUUCACCCUUUUAAUUUCAUGUCCUAUUGCCAAGCAUUUUUUUGUAAAUAAUACUGUGUAAUUAAGGAGUUGCAUUAUUUUUUUAAACAGCUUGUUUUCUUUUAAAUGAAAGAAAC